GCCAUUUCUUCGUCUUUCUGAUCUUCCUGCCGACAUCAUGGAGACGGUUGUUCACUGUCCAGCGCAGGGCACGCUGCAAUCAGCCAUGAAGAUGCUGAUUGAUGUGUUUCAGGCUCACGCUCAAGACGACGCCGACAAGUUACACCUGAACAGAUGGGAGAUGAAAGAUCUGUUCAAAAGAGAGCUCCUUGAACUCAUCCAGAACAGCAAGGAACCUUUCAGGUCAUUUGAGAUCAUGGACAAUCUGGACAAGAAUCGAGACUGCAAAGUGGACUUCGAAGAGUUCGUUUCGGUGGCGACCAAGCUCAUUAUGCUCAGCCACCCCUACUUUAACGGGGGCUGCAAUGAGGACUGUGGUGCACCCAGGUGUGGUGUCAGAUAAAACCCUGUAAUCUUUCUGACGCACUCAAAAUGUCAGUCCUCUGCUCUGAAUAUUAAACAUUAAAAUGAUUCAGAAAACA